AUUAUACGUUAAUCCGUUAUUAUAAAGUUAAGCUAAACAAGAAUUGUGAUUGUUAUUUUCAAUAUAAGUAGCAUGUGAAGCUGCACACUUUCUAAUUCUAAUUUCAAACAAACGCUACUGAACUUGCUUUCAACUUUCACUUCACACUAUAAUCCCAAAAUUCUAACAGCAUAUUCCAUCUCUGCAUAACACAAACAGAUCCUUUUGUUUCUUUUCAGAUUGUGGUUUAACUAUUCCUGUUAUUUGGCUCUACUUUGAUUUUGUUCACCUGUUCUAUUAUUCAGUGGAAUUCAAAUUUAGUAUUUCGGGAAGUAUGGGCUUAGUUUGCAGCAGAAAUCGGCGUUAUCGGGAUUCUGAUCCUGAAGAAAAUGCACAGGCAGCAGAAAUUGAGAGAAGAAUAGAGUCGGAAACAAAGGCUGAAAAACAUAUUCAGAAACUUCUUCUACUAGGUGCGGGAGAGUCAGGGAAAUCUACAAUCUUUAAGCAGAUUAAACUUUUGUUUCAAACUGGCUUUGAUGAGGCUGAGCUAAGAAGUUACACACCAGUCAUUUUUGCUAAUGUGUAUCAGACUAUAAAAGUACUUCAUGAUGGGGCAAAGGAGUUGGCUCAAAACGAUCUUAAUUCUGCAAAGUAUGUUAUAUCCGAUGAGAGCAAGGACAUUGGUGAAAAACUUUCAGAAAUUGGAGGCAGGCUGGACUAUCCACAUCUCACCAAGGAUCUUGCAAAGGAAAUAGAGACUUUAUGGGAGGAUGCUGCCAUUCAGGAAACAUAUGCCCGUGGUAAUGAACUCCAAGUUCCUGAUUGUACCAAAUAUUUCAUGGAAAAUUUGCAGAGGCUGUCUGAUGCAAAUUACGUUCCUACAAAGGAGGAUGUUUUGUAUGCAAGAGUUCGUACAACUGGUGUUGUGGAGAUCCAAUUCAGCCCUGUUGGAGAAAAUAAGAGAAGUGGUGAAGUCUAUAGACUCUUUGAUGUUGGUGGCCAGAAAAAUGAGAGGAGAAAGUGGAUCCAUCUUUUUGAAGGAGUUACAGCUGUUAUAUUUUGUGCUGCAAUUAGCGAGUAUGAUCGAACACUUUUUGAGGAUGAAAGCAAGAACAGAAUGAUGGAAACUAAGGAACUUUUUGAAUGGAUCCUGAAGCAACCAUGUUUUGAGAAAACUUCCUUCAUGUUAUUUUUGAACAAGUUUGACAUAUUUGAGAAGAAGAUCCUGAAUGUUCCGCUCAACGUAUGUGAAUGGUUCAAAGAUUAUCAGCCAGUUUCAACAGGGAAACAAGAGAUCGAGCACGCAUAUGAGUUUGUGAAGAAAAAGUUUGAGGAAUUGUACUUCCAGAGCUCUGCUCCUGACCGUGUAGACCGUGUCUUCAAGAUCUAUCGGACCACUGCCCUUGAUCAGAAGGUUGUGAAGAAGACUUUCAAGCUUGUUGAUGAGACGUUGAGGCGGAGGAAUCUUUUUGAAGCUGGAUUAUUAUGACCAUGCAACAUUGUGCAUAAGAUAAAAGGGAUAAAUUAUUUUUACAUUGAAGAGGUAAUCAGAUUUUGGGUAUACUAGAGGUCAGGUAUACAAGAGUAUAUAAUCAAUUUAUUGAUUUAUAUCAAGUAAAUGAUGUUGAAUGAGUGAAUAGGGAAAGACCUUUCUGAAUUCUUGAUCAUCGCAAAUUAGUUGCGUUGUGCUGAAAUUUUCAGAGAUGAUAUAAUCUAUGAUGCACAUUUAUAGAUUGAAACUCACUAAUUAUAUCACAUAUUUUGUAUCCCAUGCUGGUCUUUAAGUAAGGUUUUCAGGCUUGAAUCUUAUGAAUGGAAAGAAUGCAUAGUCACUGAGAGCCAAGAAAUGAGGUCUCACAGAUGUAAUUGUGUGUGUGUGUGUGUUUUUUUUUCCUUGUAGUUAAUUUGAAGAUUCUUAUGUUAGCUUUGUACCUAGUUACUUGCCUUAUCUUAGUUCACAGCAUCUUUUGAACACUUGCUGAAAUUGCAAAAUUGAACUAUUAUUUACUUUC